AUGAAGGAGAACACCAGGACUGGACCCUUGGAAGUGAAGGAGAAGCGGCUCCCGAGAAACUUCCUUGAGAACCUCUUUGUCCCACGCGCUAAUCCCAAUGGAAACCAGCUUUGAUCUGGAACGUGGAGCGGCGGCAUGGAGGCUCUCACCACUCAGCUGGGGCCGGGGCGCGAGGGCAGCUCCUCGCCCAACUCCAAGCAGGAGCUGCAGCCCUACUCGGGUUCCAGCGCUCUCAAACCCAACCAGGUGGGCGAGACGUCGCUGUACGGGGUGCCUAUCGUGUCGCUGGUCAUCGACGGCCAGGAGCGCCUGUGCCUGGCGCAGAUCUCCAACACUCUCCUCAAGAACUACAGCUACAAUGAGAUCCACAACCGCCGCGUGGCCCUGGGCAUCACGUGCGUGCAGUGCACGCCGGUGCAGCUGGAGAUUCUGCGUCGGGCCGGGGCCAUGCCCAUCUCGUCCCGCCGCUGCGGCAUGAUCACCAAGCGAGAGGCCGAACGCCUGUGCAAGUCGUUCCUGGGCGAGCACAAACCGCCCAAGCUGCCCGAGAACUUCGCCUUCGAUGUGGUGCACGAGUGCGCGUGGGGCUCGCGCGGCAGCUUCAUCCCCGCGCGUUACAACAGCUCUCGUGCCAAGUGCAUCAAGUGCGGCUACUGCAGCAUGUACUUCUCACCCAACAAGUUCAUCUUCCACUCGCAUCGCACACCCGACGCCAAGUACACUCAGCCCGACGCCGCCAACUUCAACUCGUGGCGCCGUCACCUCAAACUCAGUGACAAAUCGGCCACAGACGAGCUGAGCCACGCGUGGGAGGACCGCGGCCUUGGCCUAGCGGCUGGAGCCGGCGGCCCCGCGGGCCCUGGAGGGCCUGGUGGUGGCGCCGGGGUACGUAGCUACCCCGUGAUCCCGGUGCCGAGCAAAAGCUUUGGCCUCCUGCAGAAGCUGCCCCCGCCGCUUUUUCCUCAUCCCUACGGUUUCUCCACGGCCUUCGGCCUCUGCCCUAAGAAGGACGACGCGGUGCUGGGUGCGGGCGAGCCUAAGGGCGGCCCAGGCACCGGGAGCGGCGGGGUUGCUGGCACUGGCGGGGGCGCAGGGGGUCCAGGAGCUGGCCACUUGCCCCCGGGGGCCGGGGCAGGCGCUGGCGGCGGCGCCAUGUUCUGGGGACACCAGCCCUCUGGGGCAGCCAAGGACGCAGCGGCCGUGGCCGCCGCAGCGGCCGCCGCCACUGUGUACCCGACGUUUCCCAUGUUCUGGCCGGCGGCAGGCAGCCUCCCGGUGCCGCCCUACCCUGCCGCGCAGAGCCAGGCUAAGGCAGUGGCGGCCGCCGUGGCGGUGUACGCGCCCGAGCGGGACGAGCACGCGAAGAGCGCAGCGGCGGCGCUGGGGCCCGUGGCCUCCUACCUGUGCACCCCUGAGGCCCACGAGCCGGAUAAGGAAGACAAUCACUCGACCGCCGACGAUUUGGAGACGAGGAAAUCCUAUCCAGACCAAAGGAGUAUCUCCCAGCCAAGUCCCGCAAAUACAGACCGAGGUGAAGAGAGCCUCACCCUGGAUGUCACGGGAACUCAGCUAGUGGAGAAGGAUAUCGAGAACCUGGCCAGAGAAGAAUUGCAAAAACUCCUUCUGGAGCAAAUGGAGCUCCGCAAGAAGCUGGAGCGGGAAUUUCAGAGUCUCAAAGAUAAUUUUCAGGAUCAAAUGAAGAGGGAAUUGGCUUAUCGAGAAGAAAUGGUGCAACAGCUGCAAAUUGUCAGAGACACCCUGUGUAACGAACUCGAUCAGGAGCGGAAGGCGCGCUACGCCAUCCAGCAGAAAUUGAAAGAAGCCCACGACGCCCUGCACCACUUCUCCUGCAAGAUGCUGACGCCCCGCCACUGCACCGGCAACUGCUCCUUCAAGCCCCCGCUGUUGCCCUAG